AAACACAGCAGCACGAGACGCGGAGCUCACGCGCGCGCUUGGUUCCCGGUUCGGACUCGGACCUGUUGCAGGUUCCUUUUUUUUUGUCAUUUUUUUUGCAUGUAAACUCAGUCCAAUAACUUUAUUCCUGGAUUAUUAUCAGUUCGUCCAGCUCCGUGUCAUGUAGCUGGAUAAAGUGGGUUUUUAUUUUUAAAAAAGUCGCAGUGAAGGGAGAGAAGAAGAAAAAUAAAUGAAUGAAUGAAUGAAUAAAUAAAUAAGGCACGUGCCUGUAAACAGUGGUAGAGAGAGUGGCGUUUGGCAGCAUGGCGGACACGCACCGGGCCGUUCACCGGAUUCCCGUCACCCCGGAGCUCUGAGAGCGGACAGGGCGGGACAAGCAGCCGCGGGAAGCUCGAGCGGGGAGCGGGAAGCGCGCGGAGCCGCGAUGGUGCUCACGCGGUGCGCGUUCCUGCGCGCGUGCCUCGCGCUGCUCCUGCAGGCCAGCCAGUGGAGCGCGAGCGCGAGCUGCGACCUCAACAGGAAGCAAAGCGAGCUCAACUCCUUCCUGUGGACCAUUAAGCGUGACCCGCCGUCGUAUUUCUACGGCACCAUUCACGUCCCCUACACACGGGUUUGGGACUACAUCCCAGAAAACUCCAAAAAAGCCUUCCAGGAGAGCAACAUAGUGUACUUUGAGCUGGAUCUCACCGACCCGUAUACCAUUUCAGCACUGACGCGGUGCCAGCUGCUACCGCAGGGCGAGAACCUGCAGGAUGUUCUGCCAAGAGACAUUUACCGCCGCUUGAAGAGGCACCUGGAGUACGUCAAGCUCAUGAUGCCAUCGUGGAUGACUCCGGAUCAGCGAGGCAAGGGCUUGUACGCUGAUUACCUGUUCAACGCGAUUGCAGGAAACUGGGAGCGCAAACGGCCCGUGUGGGUCAUGCUUAUGGUGAACUCGCUGACCGAGGCGGACAUUAAGACGCGUGGCGUUCCUGUGUUGGACCUUUACCUGGCGCAGGAGGCGGAGAGGAUGAAGAAGAAGACAGGAGCUGUGGAGAAGGUCGAGGAGCAGUGCCAUCCUCUGAAUGGGUUGAACUUCUCCCAGGUGAUUUUUGCCCUGAAUCAGACACUGCUUCAGCAGGAGAGUCUCCGGGCUGGGAGUCUGCAGGUCCCCUACACCACCGAGGAUCUCAUUAAACACUACAACUGUGGCGAUCUGAACUCCAUCAUUUUCAACCAUGACACUUCACAGGUGCCCAACUUCAACAACGUCACUCUGCCUCCUAGUGAACAGAUCACGGCUCAGGAGAUUGACAGCUACUUCCGUCAGGAGCUCAUCUACAAGCGCAACGAGCGGAUGGGCAAGAGGGUCAAAGCUCUGCUAGAAGAGCAUCUCGACAAGAGCUUUUUCUUCGCCUUUGGAGCAGGUCACUUCCUGGGCAACAACACAGUGAUCGAUGUUCUGAGAAGCCAAGGCUUCGAGGUGGAGCACACGCCAGCUGGCCAGCCCAUUAACAGUGGCAAGAGAUCCAGCCGUCCUACAGAUGGAAUGGAUGGCAAUGCAUCAGACGUGGAGUUGCCAGUGGAAGCCUUCCUUCACGAGGACAAAGAAUGGCGCCCUGUGGAUGAGGAGGAGGUUCCUCCACCCCAUCUGCUGCUCCCAGACAGCUUGGAGCUUCUUGAGAAGGUGGAGCACAAGCUAAAGAAGAAACGGCGCAACAGGCUAAAGAAGCAGCGCCACCGGCAGUUUAACGAUCUCUGGGUCCGCAUGGAGGAAAGCACAACGCUGGACCCGCCUCUGCCAGUCAUCCGCAUCAUCAACGGCUACAUCACGGUCCAGGCUGACUCGCGAGACCAUGGGAGAUCCAAUCACGACAGGACAUUCUCAGGCUCCACCCCUACAAUGGGCGGGGCUUCCUUCCCCAUGCUGAUUUUGUGCCUUCAUGUGAUCGUGCUCCUUGGCUUAAACCUAUAAACGAUCCAUGUGACCUCGAGCUUGACCUCGUGACGUCCUGCGGCGCUUCAGGUCAUUCAGAGAGACUGAAAACUGAAAGACUGCUGUACUUUCAUUCUCCUUUAAUGUCUUCUUCAUUUUCCGAAGGAUGACUGAUUUGAUUCACUGCAAUCAAGUGCAGACUUUGUAAAUAACAAACUGUAUCAUAGAUGUAAUUUAGAGACAUGAAUAAAAAAAAAGGAUGGUUUUGGUUUUUGUUCAUUUUUAUAUAUAAAUAAGAUUCACUAUAUUUUUGUGACUAAAUGAGGUACUAACAAACAUUUUUUAUCUCGAACUCUCCCUUAUUUAGGGAAAACAAAAUUCACUAUUAUUUACAUCCUCUCAUGUGUUUGUUUUUUUUUAUUACAAGGAGUUUAUUUGUUUAAUUUAUUAAAUAUAUAGCUUUAGUGUAUUCUUAUGCUUCUGUUUAUUAUUAUUAUUAAAUAUUAUUAUUAUUACUACAUGUUCUGACAGUUCUGUACAGUUCGGACUGGCUUUUAUAAAGAUUUCCAUAUCACAUAUAGUCCACGUUCCAGUAACAUACAGUAUGUGGCACCGAGUUAUGAUUUGUUUAUGCAAUUAAAAGCAAUAAACUAUUUA